GUUCCCUCAACGGCAGAAACGUGUACGGCGAAGUGCGGUCGACUCGUCGAUGCGCAGCUGUCCCGCCGCGCUUGUCAAUUUUGUUUUGUCGAAAACGUGUGUGUAAACAAUAAUUUAUUACUUUUCAUUACGGUUAAUGAUGAAGUGAUACAAAUGUUUGUUUUAUAAUCGUGUCGAUUUACAGUGGAGAGUUUGAAUGAAACCGUAACCGCUUCUCGCAAUGACAAGGGAGAGCACUCUGUUACCUUUUGAGAAACCGGAGGCAUUAAAAUGUUUCAUGUGGUCUAAUUGAUGCCUUUUUUACAUGUAUAAGUGUAUACGUUGAUUGUAAGAACUAUUGUGAAUCGUUUAGUGACAUUUAAAAGUUAAUCAUUUCCGUUUCGACUCGGUCGUCAGUCGUCUGCACGUUAAAAAUGAGUGUUUUGAAAGGUUUGAGCAAAGCUGACUUCACGACAGCGAGCGAUGGCCUGCUGGAGUUGCCGGAGGAGAAGCUCCGCAGCAUCAUGCGCUCGGAGCCGAUCACUGACGUCUACCACGUCGAACAAACGCCCUUUGCAAGAGGCAAAUUUGCGUCAGUCCGUAAACUGCGACACUUAGUGUCGGGUGAGGAGUACGCAGCCAAAUUCAUCCGCAAGCGUCGACGCGCGGCGGACACUACGCGAGAGAUUCUCCACGAAGUGGCAGUACUUGCCCUUUGCCACGAUUGCACACGUGUCGUUCGUUUGCAUGAGGUAUACGAUACGCGGUCAGAAGUUGCCAUCGUACUAGAGCUAUGCGCGGGUGGCGAGUUACAGCGUCUUCUGGACGACGACGAGCGUCUGUCGGAGGGAGCGGCCCGGCGUGCCCUGCGCCACGUCCUAGAAGGACUAGCACAUCUACAUUCACGUCGCAUCGCACACCUUGACCUGAAACCACAGAACUUGCUACUGUCCGCCGGCGGCGAAGAGCUUCUUAUAUGCGACUUUGGUAUCAGCCGCGCAAUACAGCCAGGAGCACAUGUCAGAGAAAUUUUGGGCACAAGAGACUAUGUUGCUCCUGAAAUCCUAUCGUACGAACCGUUGUCGCUGGCAGCGGAUAUCUGGUCGGUGGGCGUACUGGCGUACGUUCUGCUGACCGGGUGCUCGCCGUUCGCAGGCGACACCAAGCAGGAGACAUACCUCAACAUCGCCCAGUGCCAGCUCACCUUCCCCCGGAGUCUGUUCCGCGAGGUAUCGCAGCGAGCCGUUCAGUUUAUAAAGGAGACCCUUGUCGUUGAUCCCAAGGGUCGUCUCACAGUGGAAGAGUGCCUGGAGCACCCCUGGUUGAAAGACGAGUCAGACAUACCCGCAGUUAUCAUGGGUGUGGGGUUUAACACCGCUGAUGUGGGCAGUGACGACGACGAUGACGCGGACUCAGAUGACGCCGGCAGUGACGUCACUGGGACCAAUGUCAACGGUGUCACAGCGGUGAACGGUGUGAACGGCGUGAACGGUGUUAAUGGCGUUAACGGUCACAAAGAUGUUAACGUUUGCAACGGCACGAAGGGGACACACGAUGACAGUAAAGAAUCAGAGUCGCGGGCGGCGGACGCAGCGGCGGCGGCGGCAGCAGCGGAAGCGGAGGAGCGCGACAAGCCCCUAAAGCACGCACACACGCGCGACACCUCGCCGCCCUUCCCGGACGCGCCCUCCACGCCCAAGCUAGCGGUGAUCGCGGCGUUCUCCCCCUCGCUCCGUAUCGUGGAUGCUGACCGCUCGGACGUACGGUUGCAGGUGUCGCGCAAGUCGCACGCGCACCCGCCGUCGGUGCUCGCGCUGUGCAAGAAGUUCCAGCCGGACUACGAGAAGCCGGCGAAGCUGCCGCACGCGCACCACGCGGCCGCCGACUGCGGCUGCGACUGCGCGCUCGACUGCGGCCGCCUGCGCGCGCGCGCGCCGCCGCCCGACCGCGCCGUGCUCUGCUAGCGGCUGCUGUGCUGCCGCCGCCGGCCGCUAGCCCCACCUGUACAUAUCUAGUUAAGUUAGACUUACACCAAUUGUAUAUUUUAAUACGGUAGGGACCCGAUUACGCGAACUCGCCUCGAUUAUUGUCAGCGCCGCGCGUCGGUCGCGUCGGUCGCGGGCCGCGCCGGCCGGAGUUCGUCGAGUAAUCGCGCUCCUACUGCGACGGUACAAACGGCAUAAUCGUAAGGUCGGGCCGGCCGCGAGCUGUACAUAGGCGCACCGCUCCGGUUGAUAACUACUUAGGUAAUAAAAUUGUUAAUGUGUCGAUCACAUCGUAUAACAUAUAUUCUAGUAUCUAAGUGUUUAGAUAGUUUAACAGAGUAAUGUAUGUUGCGUAGGUUGAAGCGGUGGCGAUGUGCCGCCGGCGUGUUGACCCUUGUGCGGGACCAAAUUUGCGUAGUCGCAGAUCCAUAUCGGUGUAGAACUUGUUGUCGCGUUUGAUGUACAAUUUUGAGAUUUUAACCACUAAGAGUGGACCGUUUUUGGAUUGUUAUUAGAUAGACGUAUUGUUGACACGUAAUGGACGCCGAACCGUGAGCUCAAACUUGCGACUUAAUUUAUAGAAAUUAAUGAAAUCAUCGAGUGCCUUCGCGCAGUUGUCUUCUUAGUUAAUUCACCAUCCAUAUUAAAAUAUGUCUAUUUACUGUGUAUAAUUGUUUCAUUGUCAUUCAUGAGGAAGAUUAAUUUUUAACCAUUUCUCAAAUAAACACGAUGAUGAUGUCAUUUCAGCCUGUUGUGAUCCCUCUCAUUUGUAAAAAUAAAUUAUUGUGAUACAUA